AUGUGCAUCGACUUCACAUCACUCAACAAAGCCUGCCCCCGAGAUCCAUACCCUCUUCUUCGCAUCGACCAGCUGGUAGACUCCACCGCUGGCUGUGAGUUGCUGAGCUUUCUGGACGCGUACUCUGGAUACCACCAGGUGUGGAUGGCUAUGGAAGAUGAGAGCAAGAUUAGCUUCAUCACCCCUUUUGGGAUAUACUGCUACGUUCGGAUGCCUUUUGGCCUCCGAAAUGCCGGAGCCACUUUCUCCCAUUUGGUACACAAGAUCCUAGAGCAACACUUAGGCUGCAACAUCGAGGCCUACGUCGAUGACAUUGUUGUGAAAAGCAAGCUCAAGGCUGAUCACGAGGAGGAAAGUGAAGGUCGUUCAGCACAAAGGGUCGUAUACUAUGUAUCAGAGGCCCUGGCUGGAGCCAAGACGCGCUACACCGAGCUUGAGAAGAUGACAGAUGCCAUCUUGGUGGCCUCACGCAAACUCAGAUACUACUUCCUCAUCCGCGACAUCACUAUACCAACCUCAUACCCGCUUGGUGACAUGUUUCACAAUCAGGAGGCGACCGGGCACAUCGGCAAGUGGGCUAUGGAACUAGCCCCGUUCGUGGUAAGGUUGGCUCGUGUCGGACUUCUUCCUCUUGCACGGAUGAUUCAGGCCACAGAUAAGGAUGUCAAUGAAAAGCUCAAGGCCACCAUUGCUGAGCAUAACAACAAACGGGCCAAGCCAAAUGCUAAAGGUGAUGAGCCCGAAUUCCACAAGGCCGACCAAAGUUUAGCACACAUCUUUGGAGGAUCUGCCGCGUAUGAGUCUGAGAGGCAGUAUAAGGCGAUCGAACGAGAGAGGUUCCGAUCACCUUCAAUCAAGUCGAUCAAGGAAUCCAAGCUUGUAAGUCUUGCUGAUGCUUCCAAGUCCAACGAUGCUGCCAAGGGUGAGACCAAUGACGGCGCCAACAACAAAAAGACUAAUGGUGGUGUUAAGGCAAUGCCCCUCGACCUGACUGAAACAGCCAAGAAGUUUAAGGUUGGGGCUAACCUCGACUCCAAAUAG